AUGUCAACCGAUACUCCGAAGAAAGUCUAUCAUUCUAAACAUCGAUCAUGUUGGCCCAAACAUGAAUGUAUAAUAUGUGGUUCAACGGCGAUUGGUAUUAAUUUUGGUGCACCUACAUGUGCACCAUGUAAAGCUUUUUUUCGUCGAAAUGCUCGACGAAAAGAAAUUCUGCAAAUGCCUUGCCCGUUCCGAGAUGCGCCUACUUCAAAUGUAACAAAUAAUGAUAAUAAUGCAACAACAGAUUAUUGUUCGCAAGUACGUUAUUGUUCAUCGUGCAGGCUACGUCGUUGUUUUGAUAUGGGUAUGAAAGAAGAUUUGGUUCGAACAGAUGAAGAAAAUGAGCGGUAUAGACAACUUGUACAAGCUAAUAGACGACGUCGUGAACAAGUUACACCGCAAGACCAACCAGAAAAUGUCUACACGAUUCCCAAGCCCAUCGUAAAGAAAAGUGAUCUGUUUGAAGCAGAUUGGACACAUCUAUCCAAUGUAGUUGGCGCUUAUGAAACUUAUUGUCUUAAAAAUUAUAUUCAACAUCGUGCAAAUAUGUUCACUGCUCAAAUGCAAAUCCCUGAAGAUCCAAAUGUGAAGAUUAAGUAUCAUGCUUCGACGACAGUUAAUAAUAUCACAUCAUUUCGAACAUUUCUUUCGUCGAUUCCACCGGUUCAAACGCUUUCACUGUCAGAACGAACGUUUUUAUGCAGACAUAAUAUUCGUCCAUUGAUUCUACUUAAUCUGCAUGAACUUGAACAAUUAUGUUAUUCCGAGCCGUGGCAGUUAGCCUGUGAUAGUCUUUCAGCAGAGUAUGUAUGUGGAACUAAUUUAUUUCCUGAGUUUGUCCAAACAAAAACUCGAGCUGUACAAAUUUUAAUCACGGAUUCUAUUGUAACACGUCUUUGGCUUCUUAUACUAUUUUUUUCAACACCACUUCAUUGCUAUUAUCAGAACACGCUACCUGAAAUAAGCGAAAAUCGAAGGAAAGCAAUAGUGUAUAUUCAACAUUCAUACGUCAUACUACUAUGGAAGUAUUUAUGCCAUCGUCACGGUGAUAUGGAAGCAAUUCGUAUAUUUUCGAAUCUCAUUAGUGUUUCUCUGCGAAUGCAACGAAUCAGUCAAGCAGUUAAUGCAGAAAUUCGUACACGAAAUGAUUUAGCAGAAUUGAAUGCAGAAUUCAAUCGAGCAGUAGUUAUUGAGAGUGACAAUACUUAG